CGUCACCGUGCCGCGGCAGCCCAGUUGUCUCCAGGUGCCGGUGGUGAUGCACUCUUCUCCCCGGACGCUGGCUCCCGGACUUCAGUUUGAGAAGGAUACUCAGAGGUUUCUCGUGCUGAACCUCAGCUCACCCCGGCCGGUGCCGACAUGCGGGACCAGGAAGCCUCCAACGGCGCCCCCAAGGAAAGCAUGCAGCUGAAGAAGGAGAUCUCCCUCCUGAACGGCGUCAGCCUCAUCGUGGGCAACAUGAUCGGCUCGGGCAUCUUCGUGUCGCCCAAGGGCGUGCUCUUCUACAGCGCCUCCUACGGGCUGUCGCUGGUCAUCUGGGCGGCGGGCGGCCUGUUCUCGGUGGUGGGCGCCCUGUGCUACGCCGAGUUGGGCACCACCAUCUCCAAGUCGGGGGCGUCGUACGCGUACAUCCUGGAGUCCUUUGGCGGCUUCUUGGCCUUCGUGCGGCUGUGGACCAGCCUGCUGAUCAUCGAGCCCACCAGCCAAGCCGUCAUCGCCAUCACCUUCGCCAACUACCUGGUGCAGCCGCUCUUCCCUACGUGCGAGCCGCCCUACGUCGCCUCGCGCCUCAUCGCCGCAGCGUGCAUAUGCCUCCUCACCUUUAUCAACUCGGCUUACGUGAAGUGGGGCACCCGUGUGCAGGACGUGUUCACCUACGCCAAGGUGGCCGCCCUCAUCGUCAUCAUCAUCACAGGCAUCGCCAAGUUGUGCCAAGGUUACACGGCCAACUUCGACUCGUCCUUCCAAGGUUCCUCCACAGACGCCGGCGACAUCGCCCUGGCGCUCUAUUCGGCGCUCUUCUCCUACUCAGGCUGGGACACGCUCAACUUUGUCACCGAGGAGAUCAAAAACCCUGAAAGGAACCUCCCCCUGGCCAUCGCUAUCUCCAUGCCCAUCGUCACCACCAUCUACAUCCUCACCAACGUGGCCUACUACGCUGUGCUGGACAUGAGCGCUAUACUAGCAAGCGACGCCGUGGCUGUGACGUUUGCAGAUCACACGUUAGGCGUGAUGAGCUGGACCAUCCCCAUCGCCGUGGCGCUGUCCUGCUACGGCGGCCUCAACGCCUCCAUCAUCGCCGCAUCCAGGUUAUUUUUUGUGGGUUCCCGUGAAGGUCACCUUCCCGACGCCCUGUCCAUGAUCCACACGCAGAGAUUCACGCCCAUCCCUGCUCUCAUCUUCAACUGCGUGAUGUCGCUGAUCUACUUGACGGUGGAGGACGUCUUCCAGCUUAUCAACUACUACAGCUUCAGCUACUGGUUCUUCAUGGGCUUGUCCAUCGCGGGACAGAUCUACCUGAGGUGGAAGGAACCCCAACGACACCGACCGCUCAAACUGAGCCUGUUGUACCCGCUGGUGUUCUGCGUGUGCACCGUGUUCCUGGUAGCCGUUCCGCUCUACAGCGACACACUUAAUUCCCUCAUCGGCAUCGCCAUCGCCUUGUCGGGGGUGCCCGUCUACUUCCUGGGCAUCUACCUGCCCGAGUCCAAGCGCCCGCCCAUCAUUACCAAGCUGCUACGUUCUCUGACUCACUGCACUCAGUACACGUGCUUCUGCGUCCUCACCGAGUCGGACAAGAGCGAGUAGAGAAUCCACCAGCACCACCACACCAAAUUAUGGUAAACAAGCCGUCUGACUUUUUGGUUAUUUUUUGUUUACACAUUGUGUCUUUUGUGGAGUCAAGCGGGAAAAUGCACUUACUUUUCUUGAUCAUUUGCCUCUUAAGCCAACGACUUGCCUUUCCUGGUGGCUUCCGUUCACUUGGUUUUGUUUACUGUGUUUCCUGAUCCUAUCUCAACGUUCUUGUCACAUGACUGCCUUAGGGACCCAGGGUAACUGGAUUCAGGAUUCAGUCAAGUCAAUUCUAAAGGUGCCUGUCAUGCAGGGGUCACCAACUCCGGUCCUUCAGCCUGUUUUAGGUGCAACCCUAUGACAAGCCUCGAGGACCGGACUUGGUGACCCCUUCUGUAAUGCAACAUGUCAAAAUACAAUAGGAGCUGCUGGGCAAAGAAACAACUCUAAUGUAUUAUAUUGUUUAAUCAUAUUGUUUGAUAAUAAUAUAUAAAGAUUGUUGCUGUCCAACUAAAAGCAUGUAAUGCUCUUUUUGUUUUUAUCAGAUUUUUUUCCAGUGUCUUUCAAAUUUAAAAAUAUAUCAAAUUUUGAUUUACAUAUUUUUUGUGCAUUUGCUUUGUUAUGAAUGAAAACAGAUAAAAACUAUUAACAGCAUCUUAUUUCUUCUAAUACAUGUCACAAAAUUUAUGAUUUUUUUGUUGUUGGACAGUGACAAAUACAGUGAGUUUUUUUUAAAUUAAAUGUUUUACUUGUAAAGUCUGCAAUAUAUUACCUAAAUGUAUUUCUUGCAUGAUUUGCAUUGCUGGCCUCACAGUAUAUGGCCCACUCAUCUUUGGUCCAUUGGAAGAGAACUUACUAUAUGAUAAAAUAUCAUUCCAGAGAAAUUCAUGCCAUAAUUUAUUUAUUACACUUAUUAAAGAGCACUUGAUCUUG